AUGUCUGCGCGAAUGCCAUAUGACAACUAUGAUAAUGACGACCAAGGUCUCUUUACCAAUCGAUCCAUGAUGAUGGCUAACUUCGAGGAAUGGAUCAAAAUGGCCACCGAUAACAAGAUUAAUUCCAGAAACAGUUGGAAUUUUGCUCUUAUCGAUUACUUCCACGAUUUGAAUGUUUUGAGAGACUCAGAGAAUAAUAUAAAUUUCCAGAAGGCAUCGGCAACUCUAGAUGGAUGUGUAAAAAUCUACUCCUCCAGAGUGGAUUCUGUUACAAAUGAGACUGGAAAGCUACUUAGUGGAUUAGCUCAAAAGAAGCUGUCGGAGAAGCAGCGUCAUGCUGAUCAAAAUAACGUCGAUGGCGGGGAAGGUGGUAAUGGCCCGGAAGAAUCCGCCGAGGACGAUAUACAGAUAGAUCCCUCCACAGGGCUGCCGAUUGCUAGAGGCGAUGACGUACGAACGAAAAGACGAGUUCACAAUCGUGUUUUGGAAACGACUUUAGUUGAUUUCGAUGCGAUCAAAAUGAAAGAACUCGACCAAGAAUUGAACAUUGAUCCGUUGUUCAAAAAAGCUCUUGUGGAUUUCGACGAAGGAGGUGCCAAGAGCCUUCUACUGAAUACGCUUAACAUCGACCGCGAUGUUAGAGUUGUGUUUGAUGCGGCAUUGAGAGACGCUAAAGAGAAAGACACUGGCGGGACUGAUGGCCAUCAAAGAGAGGCCGAGGAUCAUGGCAUAGACGGCAGCGACUCCGUUACAGAUAUGGACUCAGGUGCUCAUGAGAGGAGCAAUGGAUCGAAUACUGAUAUAACCAACAACAGCAUUAUAAUAGAGGAUGAGAUAUUGGCCCUGGGGAUGGACUAUAUCAAGUUUGAAGAUAUAAGCAAAUGCCUCAUUUCAACAUCAAUGCAACAGCUGCCGAAGGUUGUGGAAGAUAUCACCAAAGCGAAGACCUUCAUUGAUGGAGUCAACAGCAAAUUUGACAAUUUCCUCAGCGAGAAGGAAUUGGAGGAAGCAGUACCAGACCUGGGCCUUGAUGAAAUGGAAGAAGACAAUAACAUACUUCAAGACGAAUUUGACGAUCAGCAGAGUGAUGGCUCUUCCUAUGGACAAGAAGACGCAAACGAUCAUAAUGACGAUGACACCGGGAACAACCUUGAUGCUAAGGAUCCAUCGACGCUAGAAGACGAGGAAGCCGGACUAGCUGGUAUCUACGAGCAGGAUCUCAUGGCCUACUUUGACGAAAAUCUGACCAAAACCUGGCGAGGUAGAGAACACUGGAAGGUGCGAAAUUUCAAAAAGAACAUGAUAAAGGGUGUGGAAAAUAAUAAGGCUUUAGGGCAGGAUAAGGAUGGAAACGAAUUGACGGCUAGCGAUGAGGCAACAAAGAAGAAGAACAAGAAAACAUCGCAGGAAAUUGAUUUCUUCGCCCUUGAUGAUAGGUUGGAAGAGGCUGUCUUUGCCUCUAAGAAAAGAACGAACAUCGAACUGCCACAGAAAUCUAGGACUAAUGCCUCACACUACCUGUUACCUGACGAUUUUCACUUCACAACGCAAAGGAUUACGAGACUUUUCAUAAAACCUCAACAAACAAUGAGUAUUUUUCGACCUAGACGAGGCAAGCGUCCAGGACGUCAGGAAGGGCAUGAAGCGAGAUUGAAUAACAGUACAAUUGAGGAUAGACAUGCCGAUAGGGCGUCCACUCCCAUUGCGGAUGAACAAUUUUGGGCUGACAACUAUCAGAGAAUAGAUAGGGAAAAUGAUCAACAACCAUCGGAAGAGCCAGUUAACAUAGUAACUAAAGGGCCGGAAAAUCCAUUUGAGGAAGAUGAGGGUGGAGUGGACUUUAAUCAAGCAUUCGAAGAUGAGGAGAUCAAAGAUGAUGAUCCAAACCUAUUGCCUUCCGAGGCGACUGCUAAAUUUUCGUUACCAGACAACAAGGUAAACUUUUCACGAGUAUCCAAAAAGGUCGAUGUCAAGAAGCUCAAGGACAAUAUAUGGAGCUCCAUCAAAACAUUAGCAAAUCGCUAUAAAAGUCAAAAGACUGAUGAAUCUACUAUUGAUGAAGGAACUUUAAGAUUCAGCGAAAUAGCAGUCGAGCUGAGCAAAACAUAUAAAACGGAAGCAAAGAAAGAUAUCUCAACGAGUUUUUGUUUCAUAUGCCUUUUACACUUGGCGAACGAGCAUGGAUUAAAAGUCACAAGCAUGGAAGACUACGAAGAUCUGUUGGUUGAAUUUCCAUAUUCUAGUCUUCAAGCAUAA